AGAUGUGGUACUGGGUGUUCCUGUGGUGUCUGUUCUCCUCUCUCUUGGUCCACGGGGCGAUGGGCCUCCUCAUGUUAGUCAUGUUGCAGCGCCACAAGAGGGGUCGCCUCAUCACCUUGGUCCUGGUCAGUCUGGGUUUCCUGGCCUCCCUGGCCGGAGGGGUCAUCACCAGUGAGUCAUUGGCAGAUGUUGAGUGUGUGUGUGUGUGUGUGUGUGUGUGUGUGUGUGUGUCUGUCCCAGCUUAUGUAUGCCACCCCCCCUCUUCCUGUCUGUCUGUCUGUAUGUCUGUCUGGCUGUCUCUCUGCUGCCCUCUUCCUGGCUGUCUGUCUGUCUGUCUGCUGCCCUCUUCCUGUCUGUCUGGCUGUCUGCUGCCCUCUUCCCGUCUGUCUGUCUGGCUGUCUGCUGCCCUCUUCCUGUCUGUCUGUCUGUCUGCUGCCCUCUUCCUGUAUGUCUGUCUGUCUGGCUGUCUGCUACCCUCUGUCUGUCUGGCUGUCUGUCUGCUGCCCUCUUCCUGUCUGUCUGACUUGCUGUCUGUCUGCUGCCGUCUGUCUGUCUGUCUGUCUGUCUGUCUCUCUGUCUGCUGCCCUCUUCCUGUCUGUCUCUCUGUCUGCUGCCCUCUGUCUGUCUGUCUUUAUGUAUGUCUGUCUGUCUGCUGCCCUCUGUCUGUCUGUCUGCUGCCCUCCUCCUGUCUGUCUGUCUGUCUGUCUGUCUUUAUGUCUGUCUGUCUGUCUGCUGCCCUCUGUCUGUCUGUCUGCUGCCCUCUUUCUGUCUGUCUGUCUGCUGCCCUCUUCCUGUAUGUCUGCUGCUCUCUGUCUGUCUGGCUGUCUGUCUGCUCCCCUCUGUCUGUCUGGCUGUCUGUCUGCUGCCCUCUUUCUGUCUGCUGCCCUCUGUCUGUCUGGCUGUCUGUCUGCUGCCCUCUUCCUGUCUGUGUCUGUCUGUCUGUCUGUCGUUCUGUCUGCUACCCUCUUCCUGUCUGUCUGGCUGUCUGCUGCUGCCCUCUGUCUGUCUGCUGCCGUCUGUCUGUCUGUCUGUCUGCUGCCCUCUGUCUGUCUGUCUGUCUGUCUGUCUGUCUGCUGCCCUGUGUCUGUCUGUCUGCUGCCCUCUUCCUGUCUGUCUGUCUGUCUGUCUGCUGCCCUCUGUCUGUCAGUCUAUCUGUCUGUCUGUCUGCUGCCCUGUGUCUGUCUGUCUGCUGCCCUCUUCCUGUCUGUCUGUCUGUCUGUCUGCUGCCCUCUGUCUGUCUGUCUGUCUGCUGCUAUCUGUCUGUCUGGCUGCUGCCGUCUGUCUGUCUGUCUGUCUGUCUGCUGCCCUCUUUCUGUCUGUCUGUCUGCUGCCCUCCUCCUGUCUGUCUGUCGAUCUGCAUUUUGCCUCUCUGUCACCACCCAUUCUGUCUGUCUGUCUGCCUGUCUGCCUGCCUGCCUGUCUGUCUGUCUGUCUGUCUGUCUGCUACCCUCUUCCUGUCCGUCUGGCUGGCUGUCUGCUGCUGCCUUCUGUCUGUCUGUCUGUCUGUCUGCUGCCCUCUGUCUGUCUGUCUGUCUGUCUGUCUGCUGCCCUCUGUCUGUCUGUCUGUCUGCUGCCCUCCUCCUGUCUGUCUGUCGAUCUGCAUUUUGCCUCUCUGUCACCACCCAUUCUGUCUGUCUGUCUGUCUGUCUGUCUGUCUGUGUAUGUCUGUCUGUCGAUAGGUCUGUGUGGCUGCUGCCCUCUUCCCGUCUGUCUAUCGAUCUGCAUAUCUCUCCAUCUGUCUGGCCCUCUAUCCAAUUGUCCUCUCUACUCAUGCCCAACAUAUUUAGCCCUAAUAUCAUCUUCCAGUCCAGAGAGUGGUACAUAGUACUGCAUCUGUAUGUGUAAAUAGACCUUAGUCUGUGUCUGUGUCCCAAAUGGCACCCUAUUCCCUACAUAGUGCACUACAUUUGACCAGGGCCAUAGGGCUCUGGUCAAAGCAGUGCACUAAAUACAGAUGUCAGAUCUUAAUUUGAGCCAGUUUGCUACAGCAGGAAAAUAAUCAUUCAGCAACAGGAAAUUAUUAUGUGAAUUAUAAUUAAUUGACAUUUUUGUAGGGGUUGCUACAUUUCUCAUAAAGGAAAAUCAAGUCUGAAAUUUAAUGUGGAAAUGACAAACUUCAGAAACCUUUUUAAACCGCAAAUCACUACAAGUUUAAAAUUCCCUGCACUGCAGGAAAGUUAUCCUGCAACAGGGUGAUCAAAUUAAGAUCCUACAUAUGUAGGUAAUAGGGUGCUAUUUGGGAUGCAGCCUGUGAGCCACGUAGGGUAGGACAGGAGCUCCUGAUGAGAGGCCUGGAUUAAACACUCAAUCACAGAGGCAAGCCAAAAAUAGACGGACAAUUUAUUAUUAAUAUUGAUGCUCGCCGAGAGAGCAGACUAUUGACUGUGCAUUGCCCCGUGUGUUAUACACUAAAACAGCCAAAAGCUAGCACCGUGUAGCAGCAGCAGCCCUCUGCCAAGAGGGAGGAAAGGUGAGGUUAUUUAGUGGUCGACCGGCAACAGUCAGACAUCAACAACUUUGAGCCAGCUUAUAGGCUAAUCUCUCCCAGUGUCCCUUGUCUUGACAUCGUUGUUUGAUGUUGACUCAAAAUAAGAUUUGUAUCUAAAGGUCUUGAGCUAAAACAAAAAAAAAAUGUUUAAGUUGAACUCAGACAGUUGGACUUUUGAGACCCUCUUCAGUACAGACUGUUUCCAUGGCGAUGGUCAUAACGGCAUAUAGUGAGAGAGGCGUGACUAACUUAGAGAGAGAGAGAGAGAGAGAGAGAGAGAGAGAGAGAGAGAGAGAGAGAGAGAGAGAGAGAGAGAGAGAGAGAGAGAGAGAGAGAGAGAGAGAGAGAGAGAGAGAGAGAGAGAGAGAGAGAGGCAGAGAGAGAGAGAGAGAGCAUCACAAGAUGGGACCCUAUUGCACUACUAUAGCACUACUUUUUUUGACCAGGCCACAUAGGGCUCUGGUGAAAAGUAGUACUCUACAGUAGGAAACUAUGUAGGGAACAGGGUGCCAUUUGGGACGCAGUCAGAGUGGCGAGUAAACACAGUAUGUAGGGAACAGGGACACUCACUCACACCCCCCACUGUCUCUGUGGAGCCAUGCAUUUAUACGGCCAGCUUUAAAAGGGCCAUCUUUUAACGCUGCUACUAAAACUGUCCAUGUGGGAGAGUCUAGAGAGACAACUGUGAGAACAUGAGGACAGGCUGAGACAUGAGGACAGGCUGAGACAUGAGGACAGGCUGAGACAUGAGGACAGGCUGAGACAUGAGGACAGGCUGAGACAUAAGGAGAGAGACAUUUCUGUCAUUCAUCUUUAUCAGCACUUAAACGCUAUUGAACAAUCUGUGGUGCAGUUGACAAGGCUUGACUGGCUGCUGUAUGCUAGGAUGUGUGUGUGUUAAUAUUCCUAUGAAUGACCAUCUGUAUGUGGGGGUGUCUCUUUCCCAGGUGCGGCUGUGGCUGGGGUGUACAGAGUGGCAGGGAAGGACAUGGCCCCUCUCCAGGCCCUGGUGUUUGGAGUGGGCCAGACCACCCUCUCUGUUCUCAUCUCCUUCUCGCGCAUACUGGCCAGUCUC